AUGGCUGAGAAUUCCCAAUCUCAGCCAGAGCAAUCAGUGUCAGGACAGAACAAAGCUAGUCCCGACACACCACCAUGCCGAAAGCGACUCCAACACGAUGCCUAUACCAUCGGAUGGGUGUGCGCCCUUCCAAAAGAACAAACAGCAGCCAGAGCCAUGCUAGAUGAAGAGCACGAACCUCUCCCGACCCCUUGA